CCGAGCCUGGCACCAUGGACACGCCACCCAUCACACCCGGGGAGCUGCUGUGUCUGGGCUCCAGCCUCGCCUUCUCCGGACUCUUCUACUACCUGUACAGGAAGAAAGCCGGAGUCAUGGCACGCUUACAGGAAGCCCCAAAGCUCCAGGUUGAUGAUGAUUUACCGGCACUGGUGUCUGCAGCCAGUGAGAGGUGCCUGCCCUACGUUGCCCUGGAAGGUAAGGAGUCCCUGCGGCCCCACACCCGGGACAGGGCCAGCCAUUACCAUGAGGGGCUGCAGGGUGUGAUCCAGAAACUGCUUCUCAAAGAGCAUCGGCUCAUCUGGAACAGCUUGAUCCGGAACUGGAGCGAGAGCGAGCGGGUGCUCUCCGAGCAGGUCUACACCGUCCCCUUCUUGCUGGCCUCGCCGGACACCGAGGCGGUGACGCGGGUGAGCGUGGAGAGCCCACUCCGGGCCGUCUGCCUGCCUCUGGAGACAGUGUACGAGCGGUUCCAGCAGCCGGCCCACGGCUUCCGCGACCUUCUGGGCCAGUACCUGAGCGGGGAGAAGCCCAAAGGCAUCCUGGAGACGGAGGAGAUACUGCGGGUGGGGGCCGGCCUGACGGGCAUUGGGGAGCUGGCCCUGCAUCCCGAUG